CCAUGAUUUAAACAAACAAAAAGGACUUAUUGACACAUCAUGAAAAUGUAAAAGUAUUAAGAAUUUUUAUGACCUACUCUCUUCUUAGAGUAAAUCUCACUUUCUCUACAGGGCACAGAGCUCUGACAUUGUGGCAGAUGGAAUGUGAGAACUGCUGGAAAGAAGAGAGAUUAAGUCAUGAGAGAUAGGAUAGAGUUUGGAGAGGGAGCAUCACAACAGGGCAGAGAUGAAGGAAUCAGGGAAAGGGAGCAGAGAACUAGUCUAGGGAGUGUUAGGAACAGAACACAAGCUUCCUGAUAACCUAGAUGGAAAUUAGAGAAUGGACAAAGUAAUUCUAAAUGUUGCUUUGAUGACAGCAAAGAAGGAAAGACAGAACUAAUAAUUUUAUGCACUUAUUACAUGCCAGACAAUAGCUAGGAACUCGGUGUGUGUGUAUGCAUGUAUGUGUAUUUAAACUUUAAAACAACCUAUUAAUGUGGAUACUAUUAUUGCCAUUUUGUACAUAAGGAAAAUGAGACCCAGAGAGAUGAAGUGAUUGGCUUAGUUACAAAGAUCAUAAGUGACAGGAUCAGAAUUUAAUGAUUCUGACUCCAAAUACCACAGUUAAAACAAACAAACAAAACACAAAACCAAUCUUAUCCAUCUCUGAUAAGACAGAAAAGGACUGGAAGUGGGAUGAUCAUGCUCAUUAGAAGCUAGAACUAUUUCUCCAAACUGCCUGUGAACUCCUAGGAACUUGAGUGGUGAGACUGACCUACUUUUGAAGACACUCUAUGUCAUGGUCAUUUUUCACAGCAGUCCUAGGCAAUUAAGCUCAGGAAAUGUCAAGAAAAGACUAAACAGAUUACUUAUUUAUUACUUACUUAUUUUGCACUGAAAUACAAUUGGUAUAUAACAAACCAAUGAUUUCAUGGAUAUUACUAUUAGAGAGGAGGCUCAGUAUAAAUCUAAGGUAAAACACGGAGGGAUAGACAAAUGUAACAAACUCAUGAAAGUGACAUGUGAACGUGUCAAACGGAAAUGUGUUGGAAGAGAAGCAGGUCUCUGUCCGCCCUCUUCUCCAUGCCGCUCAUUCUAUGGCCCUGCAUUUUAGAAGAUACAAAAAGAUUCACGUAGAAAAGAUGAACACAAACCCACAAUUCCCCUGGAGGAGGAAGAGGGAGAGAGAGAGAGAGCCUUUGCUCACUUACUAAGGGGGCCUCAGAAUCUGUCUCUAUCUGGAGAACCCCUAACAUGAGCACAACUAGCAUAAUCCCAGGAGAUGGGCGCUGCCACAGGUGGACGGUCUCCGGGUGGAUGCAGCAGGAGGGAGCAGAUGGAGGGAAAGGAGCCGCCCCAGCACCUCGCAGGAGCUCAGCCCUUCCCCAGGCCAACAGGCCGGAAAGCCCAUUGGAUCAUUGAAUGUCAGAGUAGAAGAGACCACAGACAUCGAAUGAUCAGUUGAAAUAACAGUUUUUCAGCUGAAAAAAAGAGGAAUUCCAGAGUCUUUCAGUGAAGCUCACGGGUCUCACUGGUCCCUUGGCGGCGCCCUUCCCAGAGUUCUUUCAAGGGUCGUCUGUCCCCUCCGGGCACUCCCCGCGUGCACUGCCGGCCUUGCACCCUCGCGCGCCCGCAGAGCCUUUGCACCCGUCUUAGGUGCUUCAAAUCCGGGCAGAAUGCUCUGAAGAGAUUGACACAUGUUCAUGGUUCUCAUUAAAGAAGCUUCAUGUAAGGCAGAUGAAGGAGGACAGCGAUUGUGACAAAGGACACCUGAUCCCCUGCUGCCUUUGUUGGAAAACGAAGAAGUUUUGUUGUGCUGAUUUAACUGCCUGCAAUCUUUGCUGAUGCGAUCAUAAAAAAAAAAAAAAUGCUGAUUCUGUCCUUUUUAACCCCUGUGUGAAACUGACUUUUAACAUACUUGUGCAUUCUUUGAUCCUCCAUAAAGAUGUCUGAACCUGACUCUUCAUCUGUAUUUUCGGGUAACGUGGAGAAUGGAACUUUCCUUGAGCUAUUUCCCACAUCCCUCUCCACAUCAGUGGACCCUUCCUCAGGCCACCUGUCAAAUGUCUACAUCUAUGUGUCCAUAUUCCUCAGCCUUUUAGCAUUUCUGCUUCUGCUUUUAAUCAUUGCCCUCCAGAGGCUCAAAAAUAUCAUCUCCUCCAGCUCCUCCUACCCGGAGUAUCCAAGCGAUGCUGGAAGUUCUUUCACCAACUUGGAAGUCUGUAGUAUUUCCUCUCAAAGGUCCACUUUCUCAAACCUUUCCUCAUGAAGAUGAUGGAAGGAUUCCUGAAUGCUGCAGCAGCCUAGGUUUUCCCUUGCAGGAAGUGUCAUAUCAAGCAGUUGCUUCAUGAAAGAAAUAACCCCUUUCUUUUCCAACCAAUUAGAGCUAUUUCUUCUCCUCCACCCCUCAUUUCUUGUUCCAUUCAUGAUGCUUUUCAUUUGUGAAUGUAGGAGUUGAUGCGGACUCAGAGAUAUGUGUGCAAACCUCAAGGGGCAGAAUUUCACACAAACCACUUGACAAGUCGGAGUGGACCUCUUCAAGGUGGAUAUCAGUUCAUUUCACUCUGCUGGACGCUUGAGGUAGAACUCAACUGAGGCAGCCUCACAGUGGGUGCUGAAUAUGGACUCUUGUGCUUCAUUUCUCUUACAAAACCGUGACACCAACCAAGCUAGCAGAAACUGGCAAAAUUAAGUCUGAUCUCCUUAGAAGAUAGUCUCCAUAUUUAAAAGAUAAAGUGGAAACACCAAAUUAAAAAAAAAAAAAAAAGGAGUCAAUUUAGAUUUAAUAUAUAAUAUUCCUAAAACCGGAGGCAAAAUAUGCUAAAUGUUUUAUUUUCAAUAUAAAAAAUGAAAAUCACAUUUAUUGAUGAAUUAAGUCAUGGAAAAGUUUUGGAAGAGUUUAACUUUUAAUAGCAAGGCAAAUAUGCGUUAUGAUGCAGUCUGUGAUGUAUUUUUGCCUCUUGAGGUUUUUUUUCCUACUUAUGUUAUAGUCAUAAUACCCCUACAGUUGUAUAAUUCUUUGUGAUAAUUGCUGUUACGAAGAGAAACACCCUAAGAGACACCAAGGAGUUUUAUAUCUAUACUUUCCAUUAGUGGAAAUUAAGCAUAAGGAAAAUAUUCACUUAGUUCUGUUUUCUGCAGUAAUAACUCCUAGCAGUCAUGUAAGCAUGUUCCUUUAUUCAGUUUCAUAGUCUUUAUAAUUUUAGUGCAGAAUUCUGUUAAGGCUCCCAGAUGUCAGAUGCUUGUUCACUCAUUAGGUUGCAAAACUUACUUGACUAAAUUACUAAUAUACAUGUUAUUAUAUACUCCACGAAUGUUACAUGUCUCUGAUAAUUAGUUGUUCUAUGUCAACAUAAGACUUUGCAUUAGAAUUCUAGGAUGUAUGUUUUUAUUAAAAAUCAUAGACAGUCAAGUUAUAUCACUGCUGGGAGCUUAGUGAUCCUGGGAGCCACCAUACUGUGGUUGCCCAUGCCCUGAGCUUGGGGGCUUUGUCCAUGAAAUGAAGCAUAUAUGUGAGCACAGACUUGGAAUAUGGAAGAAAUCAAGUUUCCCCUAAAAACAAAACAAAGCAAAUAAACUACAGCUUCUUCAGAGCAAGAAUUUUAAUUUAAUUUUAAAAAUAAAUGGCCCACAGCAUAAACACUGAACUUCGUCAGCCUACAGAGCCCACUGCAUCACUAUGCCCUGUUUUCCCAUGGCAACUGGAUCAUUCUUGUUCAAAACAUUUUCUAAUCUUAAGUAGUGGAGCUUCAGUAAACCCUGUGGAUUGACUGUGCAGGUGAUACUCUCUAGUAACUCAAACAGAAUAAAGAAUUCAACAUUUUUACAAGGUAUAUCUUUGUCAGGCUAACAUGCUAAGAGAGAUGAGGACUGGUAAUGAGGAUCCAAAGGUUUCUUUUUCUUAAUCCAGAAGCUUCACUUAAAUCAGACCACUUAUAUCAAAAAUGUCCCCAGACACUGUAAGACCUGCACAGAGUUGCUGCCCUAAAACGUGUAGUUAGUGAAAAAUUUGCCUUUGCUGCCAUUUAAAGUAUGGCAGUGCGUUGCAGUGUUAUGUAGUAUAAAUGCUGGACUAGAAGAACUCCACUAUUUUAGAUCAUUAUCAGCAGUGUCUCAAUAUGUGUGUGUGUGUGUGUAUGUAUGUGUAUGUACUAAUGUAUAUAUAUUUUUCACACACUCCCAAUUAAAAGUUGUGUGAAAGCUACAGAAUUACAGAGGCAUCUGUGUUAUCACUUUUGCUUUUUGAUUAAUAAUUUUGCGCUAUUUUGGUUAUUAAGGAAGAAAGGAUAUGGAUACAGUGAUUUAAAAAAUAAUAAUAAAGGAACAAGUUUGCCACACAAUAGGACAAUCUGAGUAUAAUGUGUUCUAAGGGGUAACUUUAUACUCUUUCCUUCUGAAAGUAAAACUGCUUUUUAAAAACUGCAGGCAUACCCCUGCCUGCCCCCCACUGCCGCAAUGGUUCUUGCUCUCCAGGUUAAGCAAUGUAAUUAGAAGCAACAUUCAUGAAUAAAAAUUAGGACUUGUCAGGUUGACCAAGAUAAAAGAUUGUACAGUUUGAGAUGAAUUUAUGUUGUCUAAGAAGUUCAGAAAGGUUGGAAGACUGGUUUAUAAAUAAAGAAGUAGAGUCCAUUGAAA